CCGUGAAAUUUCUCCCCAGUCGCAAGCAAGCACGCAGAGAGAGAGAGAGAGAGAGAGGAGAAUGGAAGCUCUGAGAGCCUCCUACGACUCUACAUCCGACUCGGACAGCUCUCCCAAGAGUAGCAAAGAUUCCCGCCAUAUUUCAAAUUCCAAAGAAUCAGACCGUUUGCCCCCGCCCCCAAUCGCCCUCAUCCAAUCUCCUCCACCUCUUGCUUAUUGUCAGACAAGCCAAGAAAGUCGAGUUAGGAGCUUUCCACAUGUUGAAGGAAACUAUGCACUGCAUGUGUUCAUCCCAGUUCUUAUACCGCCGGUGAUUAAGAAAGAGCUAAUAUUAGCUCUAAAAAGAGUCGCAUCUCUUGUACCUAGUCUUCAUGCUGUUGAUGUUGAUAUCCCACUCAGUGAUAUGUGCAAAGAUGAUGGUUUGCUUGAACAAUUCUUAGGAAGGGAAUUUCACAUAAGUUUGGGAAGAACUGUUCCGAUUCGAGUGCAUCAGAUUGGCUCAGUUGUGACAAUGCUUCGCCAAAAGCUUCAGUCUCAGAAUCGAUAUUGGAUAGAUUUUAGUAAGUGGGAGGUUUUUGUCAAUGAUGAUCAGACACGGUCCUUUCUUUCGAUGGAAGUUACUGCAGGAGGACUAUCUGAGAUAACAAGGCAGAUUCAUGUUGUUAAUGACGUCUAUAAACUACACAAUCUCCCCGAGUUUUAUGAGAACGCACGCCCCCACAUAUCAUUAGCAUGGGCAUUAGGUGACAUCAACCAUUCACUCAGGCGUGCUGUCGAAGAGCUGAAGAGGCAAAGUGCCAAUGCGGGCUCCUCACGGAAACAGAUCUUUACCUGCAAAUUCAGUGGUAUUGAAUCUAAAAUAGGUAAAAAAUCCUAUAAAAUAUGUAAAAUUGAGGGUCAGUAACUUUUGUAAAAUAGGUAGGAAGUCCUAUAAAAUAUGUGAAAAUCAGCUUAUCUUGUGUCAGAAAGGUUUCUUGGAAUUUAUUGAGACUGAAUGUUUGUUGAGAAAUCAGGUUGUGCGGAUAUUGGAGUGAGGACUAAAAUGCCAUAUGCCCCAUCUCUUCA